GUUUUCAUGUCUUAGCCGGAAUGAGAUGAAACAUGAUUACAGAAUUGAGGCUUCUUCCUCAUCAGCAACCAAUAUCAGUGCUAGCUUCUACAGCUCGAGACUCGACAGUGAUGGGGUAUCCCGUUGAGCAUGAACUUGCUACCUACUCAUCAUCAUCGACCUUUCUCCAAUCUGGUGGAGCUGCUCAACCAAUUUCUACCCUCCCGCCAAUCCAACCAACCAAGGAGAAUUACUUUCUGUGGAAAUCCUUGUUCAUCUCAGUUCUGAGAGCCUCUGACAUGUUAGACCUGGCAGAAGGUCGAGAGCAGUGUCCACCACAAAGCGAAACCCUAGCUCAUACCAACUGGAUCAAGAGGGACCAAACGUUACUAACUUGGAUCAACUCAAGUUUAUCUGUGAGCCUACUCGCAAACACAGCAGACUUCACUAGCGGACGAGCUCUGUGGUUACACUUGGAAAAGCUACUUUCUGAUCAUGCAACCACUCAUGUACGUGAGCUCAGGAAUCGUUUAACAAACCUCGACAUGAGGAAAGAGCGUCACUCGACGACGCGGGAGAAAACCCCAACCCCGGACGUGAGGGAAGAAAGUAAGUCCAGUCUAGAGAGAUACCUAGAAACAGCUAAAGAAAUCGCUGAUGGGCUCGAAGCUGCAGGGUCACCUGUAGAUGAUUCUGAAUUUGUUUCUUGCGUCCUGAACGGACUUACAAGGUCAUAUGAAGGCUUUGUUGCAUCCAUCAGGGAUCGGCCUGAGCCUCUAACUCGAGAAGAACUGCAGAAGUCACUUCUAACUUAUGAAGCUGAACAUAAAUCCUCGCCGAUCCUUGGGUUUACAUUUGCUCUUUUUGUGCUAACCCUGGUUGUAUUAGUCUGGGGUGAGCAGCAGCCGAGUUGCAAUCAAAGUCAUAGAGAUAAGGGUUGUUACUACUUAAAUGAAGACUUAAAUGCUAGAUUAGGACUUGACUACAUUGUUCUCCAUCUUGUCUACCCUGAGUUCAUGUUUCUCAUUGGUAAAUCUCCUAUUGUCAUCAUAUUUCUUCCUUUCUUGUGGAUCUUAGCCUCUCUUAUUUCCAUGGUUACUUUGCCAUUCCUAUGGCUUGCAAGGUUACUAAACCCCAGAGGCCUUGAGGAAAACAUUCUCCGGUCACUUCCAAAGGUCUGGUAUACUGCAGAAGUCAAUGAAAAGCUCAAGGAUUGUGCCAUCUGCUUGAUGGAGUAUGAGGGUGGAGAUGCUCUAAGGGUUUUGCCUCCUUGUGGUCAUGGUUUCCAUGUCAACUGUGUUGAUAGGUGGCUUAAGUGCCACUCUUCAUGUCCAUCGUGUCGCGCCGCUGUGGUUAUGGAGAGCAAAGAAGCACAGAUACUUGGAGAUGCCAAAAGUCCACCAUUUUCAGAUACUGUAUUUGAUGCUUCAAAUCCUUACAGACUGACUUUCUGGCACCUUUGA